UUUUCUUUUUGUAAAUGAAUUUUUCCAGCGACUGUUUAUCGCCAGAAAUAGUUUUUGGUUUAAUAAGCCUAUUGCCAGUGAUGAUAACUCACCGGGAAUAUUAUAUAUAUAUCCGGCGAGUUAUUACCGAUGAAAAUUAUUUUAUGGUUUUAUAAAGCUAUUUCCGGCAAUGAAAAGUCGCAUUGAUCUUGCCUAAUUUGUUACCUUUGCAGAUCUCACGUCUGACCAUGAGUUUCUCCGUCGGUCUGGGUGUUCCUCAACCUGCAUAUCUAGCCAUAUUGCCCACCCCUGUUUGUAACAACAAUAAACUAGGACGCACAAUUCUAAUGACACCUUCGAGUGGAACUUACAGAGGCAAAAUUGCCAAGUCAGCUGCACAAUAUGAAACUCCCGUACCCGUACCGUCACAAUUUCAACCAUUGAUUGAUCUCCUUCGCGACUCUGCAGAUAACAAGUCAGUAAAACAAGCGAAAGCGGUUCAUGGGUUCGUCUUGAAAUCCGAUUUUUCGGAUAGGGACUUGCUGGCAUUGUUAAAUCAUGUAGCUCAUGCAUAUUCCAAAUGCUCGGACUAUUGUGCGUCUCAUCUAGUGUUUGAUAAAAUGUCUCAAAGAAACAUAUUUUCUUGGACUAUCAUGAUUGUUGGGUCGAUCGACAACGGUUUCUUUAUUCAAGGGUUCAAGUUUUUUUACGAGAUGAUGAUCCAUGGAAUCUUGCCCGAUGCUUUCGCCUAUUCGUCGAUCAUUCAUACGUGCAUAGGUUUAGAUAGUGUUGAGUUGGGUAGAAUGGUGCAUGCCCAAAUCGUUAUCAGAGGCUUUGCAUCUAAUACUUUUGUUACUACUUCUGUUCUUAACAUGUAUGCAAAACUGGAGAUGAUUGAAGAUUCGUAUAAGGUGUUUGAGACCAUGACUGAACAUAACCAAGUCUCGUGGAAUGCAAUGAUAUCAGGGUUUGUCUCGAAUGGUCUUCAUUUAAAAGCAUUUAAUCAUUUUCUUAGAAUGAUGAAAGGAGGCAUCACACCAAAUAUGUACACUCUUAUUAGUGUUUCGAAAGCAGUUGGAAACUUAGGUGAUAUUGGAAAGGGAAAAAAGGUUCACCAGUGUGUUUCUGAAUUGGGUCUGGAAUCUAAUGUUCUUGUGGGAACUGCUCUAAUUGAUAUGCUCUCAAAAUGUGGCUCUCUGAGGGAUGCAAGAUCUAUUUUUGACUCAAAUUUCACAUAUUGUGGAGUUAACACACCUUGGAAUGCAAUGAUCUCAGGCUAUUCUCGGUGUGAGUUUAGCCAAGAAGCUUUGGAACUAUUUGUUAAAAUGUGUCAGAAUGAUAUAAAAUCCGACGUUUACACUUAUUGUAGUGUGUUUGAUGCUAUUGCUGCUUUAAAGUUUGUGCAAUUCGGAAAGGAAGUUCAUGGAAUGGUUCUGAAGUCUGGAUUAAAUUUGAAGGUCACAAGUGUUUCCAACGCAAUUGCUGAUGCAUAUGCCAAAUUUAGUUUGCUUGAAGAUGCAAGGAAAGUAUUUGAUAGAAUGGAAGAGAGAGAUAUGGUGUCUUGGACAACUCUGGUGACUACUUACUCUCAGUGUUCUGAAUGGGAGGAAGCACUGGCCAUCUUCUCUCGGAUGAGGGAUGAAGGCUUUAUACCAAACCAGUUUUCCUUUUCUAGCGUGCUUGUAGUUUGCGCCAACCUUUGUUUACUUGAAUACGGUCAUCAAAUCCAUUCUCUUCUUUGCAAAGCUGGCUUAGACACCGACAAGUGCAUAGAAAGUGCUUUAAUUGACAUGUAUGCAAAAUGUGGUAAUAUAACUGAUGCAUCUAAGGUCUUUGAGAGGGUAUCUAACCCUGAUACUAUUACAUGGACAGCUAUAAUAUCAGGCUAUGCUCAACAUGGUCUAGUGGAGGAUGCCCUUCAACUCUUUAGGAGGAUGGAGGCGUCAGGUAUGAGGGCCAAUGCUGUUACCUUAUUGUGCGUUCUGUUUGCUUGCAGCCAUGGAGGUAUGGUGGAGGAGGGCCUAAAUUAUUUUCAGCAAAUGGAGGACAGUUAUGGUCUGGUACCAGAGAUGGAACAUUACGCAUGUAUUGUUGAUCUCUUGGGUCGAGUGGGCCGUUUGGAUGAUGCAAUGGAGUUUAUAGGAACAAUGCCGAUUGAGCCCAACAUAAUGGUCUGGCAAACCUUGUUGGGAGCAUGUAGGGUCCACAGAAACCUUGAGUUAGGAGAAAUUGCUGCUCAGAAAAUCCUUCCAAUUAUGCCGAAAUACUCAGCCACCUAUGUUCUUUUAUCCAACGCAUACAUUGAGACUGGGAAUUAUGAAGAUGGACUUAUUUUGAGAGAGAUGAUGAAAGAGCAGGGUGUGAAGAAGGAAGGGGGAUAUAGUUGGAUUUCUGUUGAAGGUAGAAUUCAUAAAUUUUAUGCAGGAGAUCAACAACAUCCACAGAAAUUGGACAUAUAUGCAAAGUUAGAAGUGUUGAGGAUGGAGAUCAAGUCCAUGGGUUAUGUUCCAGACUUGAGUUCUGUAUUGUGAGACGUAAAUUAGAGAUAAAGCUCAGUAGGUUGAUGGAAGUUCACAAAAGAGAGAAAAUUCAUCCAUUUGCCAACAUUUCUUGUAUGUAGAAUCUUAGAAGUGGGUGCAAAUGAUUCAUAGCCACAUAUUAUGAUCUCUUUGAGUAUAACUUCCCUGCCUUUAGGCUUUUUUGGAACUGUGAAUUAUGCUAUGUUUGUCACACAUUACAGACUGUCCAUAUUGGUGGGUAUGCUGUAUAGAAAGAUCCCAACUUUUACUGCUGAAACUGGGGAGAUAUUUCUCGGAGUUUUUCACUGUAUUUAAGUAUAUGAAGUGUAUUUAACUACUGCAUUAUGCCA